UUGCGCCAAAAUAUUUGGAGGCAAAACUGAAAAUAGGAAAUGCUUGUUUAAAUAGUUAAAUUAAUGAAUUAAAAGUAUGGCCACCAAACGUGUGCUGACGCCCAGCAAGUCGGACAAUGGCGCCGCCCCUCCGCCCGCCAAUCCGCUGAAGAAGUUCAAGGAGCAGCUGGAUUUCGCGCCGGACGAACUGGAGAACAUCGAUUGGGGCGACGACGACGAGGACUUCGCUUUGGCGGCCCUUGGAGCUGUGGAGGCGAUAGGAAGCCACCGGCUGGAUCUCAGCGUUUGGCAGCGAUGCGAGGUGCUGCAGGUGGAGCAGCUGGCCAAGAAGUCCGAGGGUCUGCGACUGCAUGUGCGUCGGAUUUCUGGCGGGGAUGCGGAAACCGGAGUUUGCCAACUGCUUCCGCCCUGGAAUCACAUGACCCUGGAGCCCGGCGACACUGUCAGCCUGCUGGGCAGGUGGGAACCCGCCGCCUCCUGCCAUGUGGUGGACAAGGAGCAGGGCUACUGCGUCUCCCAGCCGGAUUUCCUCAUUUCCGGCACCACAGUCACCGGUUCGCUCUUCUGCAAGCGCAAAUCCGUCCUCCAGGAGCGUUUCCGCGGCCUGGAUGCGGGCAGCUCGGUGAUGGUAAUUGGCACCCUGGUUCAUGAGUUGCUGCAAAAGGUGCUCCUUCAGCAGCUCUCCGCCAAGGCGGACAUCCUUUCUGCCCUCCAGGAGAUGCUGCGUAGCUCCUCGCUGGCCCACCUGCUCUAUGCCAGCCAGCUCAGCCAGCCGGAAAUGGAGGAGCAGCUGCUGAAAUUCAUUGAACCCAUUUGCAGUUUCAUUUCGCAGUACAUUAAAGGUGAUAUUCCGGAUGUUCUUCCUCCAGAAGUCUAUCGUGGUCGCAUCGCGGAGAUCCGGGACAUCGAGGAGAACCUCUGGGUGCCGCAGCUGGGGCUCAAGGGCAAGGUGGAUGUGUCUGUGAGGGUGAGGAAAUCGAAGCAACAGGAGGAGCAAAUCAUUCCGCUGGAACUGAAGACAGGGCGAGCCAGCUUCUCCAUGGAGCACAAGGGCCAGUUGCUGCUCUACCAGCUGAUGCACUCCGCCCAGGGACGCGACACCCAGUCGGGAUUGCUGCUGUACCUCAAAGAGGGCCUGCUGCGCGAGGUGCCCAGCGGGCGGAAUGAGCAGCGGGAUCUGGUUAUCCUCCGCAAUGAGUUGGCUUACUGGUUGACCAGGGAAAUGGUCGUUCCUUCCGGCAAAGAGGAUCCCCUGGAGCAACUGCAGCUGCCGGAACCCGUUUACCAUCACAGCGCCUGCGGAAACUGCGCCUACAACACCAUCUGCUCUAGUUUUGCUAGCAGAGAUGAGAGUUUAAACCUCAGCGCCUCGCAUCCGCUGAAGAAACUGAUGCCGCAGCUAUUAAGCCACCUCCAAGAGGCAGAUCACUCCUAUGUGCAUCACUGGUGCAGCCUUUUGGCCCUGGAGGAGCAGCACAAUCGCCUGUCCUCGCAAUCGCGCUACUUUUGGACCGAGGAUCCAGAGAAGCGGCAAAAACAGGGCAGAGCCGUUUGCCACUUGAAGCUGGUGAAGAAUCAGCGGGUCAAAGCAGAGGAGGGACGCUAUCGCCAGAGCCUGGAGCUCGCUGAAGAGGCAGAGGCUCACCGGGAUCUCAGUUUGAGUGGGUUUGACCUGGGUGAAUAUGUGGUCAUCAGUUCGACUGCCCGCCUGGCCAUCGCCUCUGGUUUUAUCGUCUCCCUGUCAGCCCGUCGCCUGGAUCUGCGUUUGGAGCGCGAUCUUGGCCAGCUUUACCCCGAGGAAACCUUCAUAAUGGACAAGCACGAGUCGCAGAGCUUUGCCACCUUCAAUUUCACCAAUCUCGGGCUGCUGCUCUCAGAUGGCCAGCGCUUCCAGGAGCUGCGCGAGAUUAUAGUGGCCCGGAAGCAGCCGGAGCAGCACAAGGUGCUGCCCAAGAUCCUCCUGACCAAAGGAGCAGCGAUGCUGGUGCAGCUGAACAAGGUACAGAAGACAGCAGCCCUGCGCGCCUUGACCACCAGCAGUCAUCUGUUGAUCAAGGGUCUUCCGGGCACUGGGAAAACCCAGACCUUGGUUUCCCUCAUCCGAUUGCUUCAUCUCCUCGGGAAAACCAUCCUGAUUACGGCCCAAACCCACUCGGCAGUGGACAAUCUGCUCCUGCGACUGCUGCCCUUCGAUUUGCCCAUGAUGCGUUUGGGUUCUAGCUCCAGAAUUCACAGCCAACUGGAGGGGAUUAGCGAGGAGCGGCUGACGAGGGACUGUAAAACCCUGGAGGAGCUGGAAAAGUGCCUGGAGAAGCCCUCCAUUGUGGGCGUUACCUGUUUGGGCUGCAAUCAUCCCAUCUUUCAGCGCCGCCAGUUCGACUAUUGCAUCGUGGACGAGGCCACGCAGGUGCUGCAGCCCACUGUGCUGCGUCCACUGAUGCACUGCAGCCGCUUCGUGCUCGUCGGCGAUCCCGAGCAGCUGCCGCCGAUUGUCCGCUCCAAGGAGGCGCGUCAGAGGGGCGCCGAUGAGACGCUCUUCCAGAGAUUGGACUCGCCCGCGGCCACCGCUGUGCUGAGCCUGCAGUAUCGCAUGAACAAGACGAUCACCCGGCUGGCCAAUGAGCUUACGUACGGAGGGGAGCUUAAAUGCGCAUCCGAGGAGGUCUCCUCAGCCCGCUUUCAACUGGAACUGGGCAAUCCAGCACCCCGUUGGGUGCAGCGUGCCCUGCUAACCCAUUUGGAGCAGGCGGUGACCCUGAUAAAUACGGGAGAUUGCCAAGAACGCUGCCAGGAAUUCGUGCAGGCAUCCCAGCGACUGGUGGCCACCUGCUCCUCCAUAGAGCAGAGCUACGGCGAGGAUAGGGAGCAGGAAAAUAGAAGUAAAAAGCGCGUUUCCAAGUACACAAACUACUGCGAGGCGGCGGUGGUGAUGCACUUGCUCAGGCAGUUGCUAAAGUCGGGCUAUGAGGCCUCCGGGAUCGGCGUGAUAGCUCCCUACCGGGCGCAGGUGGAGCUGCUCAAGAAGCUGGCCGCCCGGCUGGACAGCCAACUGGAGUGCAACACUGUGGAUCAGUUCCAGGGUCGCGACAAGAACCUAAUCAUAUAUAGUUGCUCCAAAACAGGCGGUGAACCUGGUGAUAUGGAACGAUCCCGCGAGGCGGAGAUCCUGGAGGAUCAGCGACGCCUCACAGUGGCCAUUACGCGAGCCAAGAACAAGCUCAUCCUGCUGGGCGAUGUUCGGUGCCUGGAGCAAUACGGACCCUUCCGGCGGCUCUUCAAGCACAUCCCGGAGCGGUGUCGCCUCACGUUGGAGGAGGGCCGCAUGGAGUUCACCUGGCAGCGGGUCCAAGAGGAUCUAUUGACGCUGCUGGACACCUAGGUAAUUGUUUUGCUUGUCAUUAUUAAUUGGGAAUUUAUAUCAUUAUGUUUUUUGAUUGUUUAAGUGGCUAGAUGAAAUAUUUAUUCUAAAUGAAAUUAUGUCUGCUAAAUAGUUAAGCUUUAAUCUAUUAUAUAAUCUUUUUUUUCAUAUUAUAGUUGAUUAGGUAACACAGA